AUGUCUAAAAAAACUCCAGAAGAACCAGAUCUAACCAGAAUUUUGGGUGGUAUUUAUGUUGGCGGUAUUUCUCCAAUUGCAAACCACACUCCUUUACAUGCGCUAUAUGGGAUCACUCAUAUUUUAUCCAUUAUAAAGUUCCAAGUGAUUCCUGAAUAUCUAGUAAGAAAGAGUUACACUGUGAAAAAUAUUCCUAUAGAUGAUAAUGAUUCUACAGACAUCUUACAAUAUUUUAACGAAUGUAAUACUUUUAUUGAUCGUUGUUUGUUUCCAGAUGAGGAAGAAUAUUCUCCAGAUAAAGCAGACUUCAGAAAAAAACCGCAGAAGGGUGCUGUUUAUAUCCACUGUCAGGCAGGUGUCUCCAGAUCUGUCUCUUUCGUUGUGGCGUAUUUAAUGUAUCGAUAUGGGUUUGACUUGAAGACUUCUCUACAUGCUGUGAAGAGGAAAAGACCAAUGGUUGAACCAAAUGAAAAUUUCAUGGAACAAUUAAAACUUUUUGAAGAAUUAGGAGGUAAAUACGUUUCUUUAGAUGAUCCGCUUUAUAAGCAAUGGAAAUUGACUAAUUCUGUUAAGGAAGACCCAACUGGUAAUGGUAUUUUGCAGGACGAUGAUCUAUUUAAGCAAGAUGAACAGAAAACAUUAGAUGAAAUGACUUCUGAGGAAUUAGCUGAAGUUAAACUUGCAAGAUGUAAGAAAUGUAGACAACAAUUGGCAUUAUCCACAUCAUUCAUUAAACAUGUACCUCCUAGCAAAGAAUCAUCAGAGGGACAUUUCUUAAGAAAAUCUGGAGGUAAAAGAAUAACCAGUAUUCAAGAUUCGCAGACAGUUUGUUCCCAUUAUUUUGUAGAGCCAUUGAAUUGGAUGAAAGAAGAAUUACAAGGCAAACAAGAACUUGAAGGUAAAUUUGCAUGUCCUAACUGUACUAGUAAAGUUGGUGGUUAUAAUUGGAAGGGUUCAAGAUGUAGUUGUGGUAAAUGGGUCGUUCCAGCUAUUCAUUUACAGACAAAUAAAGUUGACACUGUUUCAUUUCAAAAGAAGGCUUUGCCGAAUGUUGUUGAAUUCCAAGAGAAAGAAUAG